AUGAUGGAGUCCCUCCUUCGAUUCACCGAGAGAGAGACUCGUCUGGCGACUGAGAGACGUCUCAAAUUCCAAGGAACCGCCAAAGUCGAUUUAGAUCAAAUUUUUUUCGAUCCUCAGUCGUCUCGACAGCUAGACCACAAGAACGUUGAUCGCUUAUGCAGGAUUUUCCAAGAAGAGGGAUGCCAGAGCAUGCCUCUGGCACACCGUGUACCUGCAGCUGUAUCGCGGCAGAAUCUGGCGGCUGCCCUGCAGAGGGCGAACGUCAGUGCACGUGAAUUGCUGACAAACCCGGAACCGGAGAUGCCUCAUCUCCGGUUCCCACCAGGGAAACUACAGGGGCUACAUGGACGACACCGGAUCGCAGCCGGGCUAGAAGUCUUGUCGCCUGCCCACCGCUGUUGGGUCGUUGACGUUUAUUCGGACGAUAUCGGUGACGACCUGAAGACAUCUCUCAUCGAAGAAUAUUCCAACGAGAAGCCCCCGAGUGAUGGAGAAAUCUACCGCCGAAUCCGCCAGUAUGUAAACGACGGAAAUCUCCACGGAGAGCUGCGGUGGAAGGCUCGGCUGUGUUCGAACAGCCAAACCCGUCUGCAGUCACUGUUUAAGAAUACUCGCCUCAGACAUGCCUUUGACGGUGUGCUUGGAAUACCAGGACACCGGAAUGCAAUGCGGAUCAGCAUGCUCCAUCGAGUCAUGGGGGUCAGUUGUGAUGAGGAUUUCUGGUUCUCUCUCGUCGACGACGAUCCGGCGUCGGUGGCGAAGAUUGACCAGCAUACGGUCGAGACGCUUCAGUUGAUGGUGCCGCGCUCCGAAGCCAAAGUGGUGCGCGGUCUUGUGACCAGUGGUCAGAUCUUCACCGACUUUGAUGAAGACGAAAGAGAUGCUAUCUGGGAGAAGCUGCGGUCGUUCGGCGCCCUGGUUCCAUCUCUGAAUUCUUUCUUCGAAGACUUCAAGUGUUUCGAAAGCUGGGCCCACUGUCUGACAAGACUGUUCACCUUGGGGAAGUCCACUGUCCGUCAGACGAUGGACGGCUUAUGGACAACGUGCAGCGACGGCGGUAACAUGUGCCCGGUUCAAACAUCCGAGUCCGCCUUCGACAGUCGGCGUGAGCCUGUUGGGAGGCAGUUUGAUCUUGCCUAUCGGCAGAUGUGGCUGUACGCCAUGCGCCAUUAUCCACAGAUGCCUCGUGACCCAAAACGCAAAAAUCGGCUGGCCAAGGCGCAGAACGCGACCGCGGACGAGUGUGUCGUGUCCGAUAUGGCGUCCCUCGCUCGUCGGCUGGGAUUCAGAUCCUCUCAGAUCACGAACCUCGUCAACCAAGCUCCUGACCGAUUGAUCGCCGAACAAGCGUUGCUGAAGGCUCGGAAGCCCGAGUAUUUCUCAUAUGACGAUACCCAAUUCGAUACAUUGAUCGAUCGGAUCGUCGAAUGCUUCGCGGUGGCCACACCCAGGGACGUUCGAGCACCAUCGGUUCUCGUCGACCGCUCGGUGAAGCGUAAGGCUCGCUGCGGACACCCUACCAUGGAGGCCCUCGAGCAAGACCGUCCACUACUCUUCGUCGAUCACAUGCAGGCGGCGGCUGUACCGGACAGGGUCACGACCUUUUUCGUGAGAUGCUGUGUCUAUUUUGCAUUCUUUGGGCCACAGCCGUCCCUUCGUCAAGGAGCAGAUAACCCCCCCUCUAGCGUGCCUAUGUCGCCGCUAUUUGUAUCGGAGAACAGUCCGAUAGACGGUCCAUCAGAGGCACGGGGCCAUGAAUACAUCAUCCAGCACCCACAAGAUGAUGGUCGGAACGGUAUUCCUCCUGGGCCCGGAUCGCAAGGGUCAGCCGUGGCCAUGGAUACUGAUGAACGAGAGGCAAUGUGGACGGACAUUGCUACAGAGUGGACCGCUGAGGAACGAGCGAGUGAGGCGCACAUGGCCGAGACCGCACGUUUGCAGCAGAUAGCGGAAGACAUGGAUCGACGGGCCCGAGUGGCGGAAGAGAAAGCCGCAUCCCACGCGGCCGAGCUGGCGCGGGUGCAAAAGGAAGCGGAUGAAAGAGCCGCUCGAGCUGCCGAACAAGUCCGCGCGCAGCGCGACGCCGAACAGGCGGUCCAACAGGUUCACCGGCAGGAAGAAACGGAAUCGAUGGCCCGUCGUGCGAGAGAGGCUGAAGAUCGGGUGGCCGCACAGGCGGCCGAGCUGGAGCGGUUACGGAAAGGGGCCACCGAGAGAGCGGUCCAAGGUGCCGAACAUACCCUCUCGCAGGUGGACCACGAUGGAAGCGCGACGGUUCUCGCUCAGCUGCAGAAUGAAACUCUUGAGGGACUGGCGGAGCCGGCUCCCGAAAAUAUUCCACUGCCUCUCGACGACGACACUACGAUGGCCGAGCCCACCCGGCCCGUCACUCAGCUUGACGUGUCGAGCUCCCCCGCAGUGUUGGCGUGA